GGAAGGAGCGCGCUAGCGGCGGAGCAGUUUGAGCACAAGUCGACUUGUUUUUCUUUCUUGUAUUAUUUAGCUAGCUAGCGAGCAGGCGGCCAGCCUAGCUAAAUAAGGAGCAACGGGAUACUGAACAUGCCGCGAGAAAUCAUCACGCUCCAGCUCGGACAGUGUGGAAACCAAAUUGGUUUUGAGUUUUGGAAGCAGCUGUGUGCGGAGCAUGGCAUCAGUCCAGAGGGGAUCGUUGAGGAGUUUGCAACUGAUGGGAACGACCGGAAGGACGUGUUCUUCUAUCAGGCUGACGAUGAGCACUACAUCCCGCGGGCGGUGCUCAUGGAUCUGGAGCCGCGGGUGAUCCACUCCAUCCUCAACUCUCCCUAUGCAAACCUCUACAACCCAGAGAACAUCUACCUCUCCGAGCACGGAGGAGGUGCCGGGAACAACUGGGCGAGUGGAUAUUCACAGGGUAAAAAAAUCCAAGAAGACAUCUUUGACAUCAUUGACCGGGAGGCAGAUGGCAGCGACAGUCUGGAGGGAUUCGUCCUGUGUCACUCCAUCGCCGGGGGGACCGGCUCGGGGCUCGGGUCCUAUCUGCUGGAGAAACUCAACGACAGGUACCCAAAGAAGCUGGUGCAGACGUACUCCGUCUUCCCAAACCAGGAUGAGGUCAGCGACGUGGUCGUUCAGCCGUACAACUCGCUGCUCACGCUGAAGAGGCUCACCCAGAACGCCGACUGCGUGGUGGUGUUGGACAACACGGCUCUGAAUCGCAUCGCCACCGAGCGGCUGCAUAUCCAGAACCCGUCGUUCUCUCAGAUCAAUCAGCUGGUGUCCACCAUCAUGUCUGCCAGCACAACCACUCUGCGCUACCCCGGCUACAUGAACAACGACCUCAUCGGCCUGAUCGCGUCCCUCAUCCCCACACCCCGCCUCCACUUCCUGAUGACCGGCUACACGCCGCUUACCACCGACCAGUCGGUUGCGAGCGUGCGGAAAACCACGGUGCUGGAUGUGAUGAGGAGGCUUCUGCAGCCCAAGAACGUCAUGGUGUCCACGGGGCGAGAGAAGCAAGCCUGCCACUGCUACAUCUCCAUCCUGAACAUCAUCCAGGGGGAGGUCGACCCCACGCAGGUGCAUAAAAGCCUCCAAAGGAUCCGGGAGCGUAAGCUGGCCAGCUUCAUACCGUGGGGUCCCGCCAGCAUCCAGGUGGCUCUGUCCAGGAAGUCCCCGUACCUGCCUUCGGCCCACCGGGUCAGCGGCCUGAUGAUGGCCAACCACACCAGCAUCGCCUCUCUGUUCGAGCGGACGUGCCGGCAGUACGACAAGCUGCGUAAGCGCGAAGCCUUCCUGGAGCAGUUCCGCAAAGAGGACAUAUUCAAGGACAACUUCGACGAGCUGGACAACUCUCGCGAGGUGGUCCAGCAGCUGAUCGACGAGUACAGCGCGGCCACCCGGCCCGACUACAUCUCCUGGUGCACGCAAGAGCAUUGAACGGACUCUGUCGUCUCGCAUCGCGACUGCAAUUGAGUCAGCAUAUUAGUGCGGAGACGGUUUAUUCCAACUUUCUAUCACUAUUCUGGAAUAUUUUCUCCUACAUAUGUGUCCCAAAAAGACAGGUAACUGGCUGUAGCUGCUUCUCUGGGAAAUAAUGUGUAUUGACUUGUUAUAGUGUUGAAUAGUAGAGUGUUGAAUUUGAAAAGACUGAUGGAUUAGUGUUAACAGCCACUAUUAUUAUAUUAACCAAAAAAGUCAAAUGGACUGAACCGUAUCCAAUUCUUAAACCCACUUCAAAUAUAAGUCCAGGGAAGUAGAAGUAAGAGGUCCUCUUUCUGUGCAUCAAUAUUUCGUGUACAGAACAAUCUAUAAACGUCCGUUCAUAGUUUUUAAUUUUUUCCUACAUUCAGCCUUGUCGCUUAUUGUUUGUCAGCCCCGUCAGACAACCCGUUGCCUUGUUUUCAUCUAUUUUUUACUAAUUCUUUGUGCAGUAGAUGCAGUAAAACGUCCAUAGCCUCCUGCGGGCCGCCUUGAAUAAUGGGAGUAAGACGGACUGUUGCAUGCUGGUUAAUGCGGGCGCCCCAGGCCUUUCUGUCUGCUGCGCCACGCAUUGCUCGCUCGUCACCCCUGUACAUGACCAACAAGAAUGUCAAGUGGGAGUUGGGCGUGAGCCAAAAACGAUGUUGACGUUCCAACGGCGUGUUGUCAGUCAGGUACAAUGGAGAACGUGAACAGUCUCCACAGCCGAACAUGGCGUACAAGGACAGGUCACAUGAUCACACUUCAUCUCUAUGCCUGUAAUAUACUAUUAAAAAAAAAGGAGUAGCUGGUUCACUGGCAUUGUCUGUGUGUUAAAUUGAUGUACCGUGUCACGUUGCCCAUUGGACCCGUUUAACAAUGCUGAAUAAAGACUUUUUAAAGAGUU